AUGGCCCCAGCAGCCAAAGACUCUCCAACAACAGAAGACAGUGUACAGCAUUGGAAAUCCUAUGUUGAAACCCACACAAACACGACUGAGUACGUCCUGGAAAGAAACGAAAGAGUUCUUAUCACAAAGCCUGGUUUCGACCCGUCCACCAUCUACAUUAUAGUCGAGGCUUGCCAGAAUGAGGAGUACAGGGUAAAGAGAGAUUCAGAUAAUGAGAUUGUUGCAGAGAGAUAUGAGCUCAACAAUAAAUAUUUUCGAUACCCUAUAAACAGAGACUACGAGAUCAAUUAA